UUUCAGGUAGAGAAAUUCCCUAUCUUUCCGUAAGCUCCACUGGAUCAAUUUGUCGUCUGCUUUCCCGAUUAUUAUCGAUAAAGCUUUAGCCUUCUGAUCACAAAUACACAAUAUAAUCUAUGAAGAGUAGUUAUAUUUAGGCUAAAUACAUCAAAUUCGAUAAUAAUUGGAUUAUUUGAGAUGUAAAAAUAAUGCAGUUUAUGUUUAGGUGUGGCGUUAGGCCUAGUUGGUGUUGGUUAAAACUGGAGAAUUUAACGACCGGCAUCUCUUACUGAAAGUGUGCAUUGUAAACUAUUAUAAUAAGUCUAGGAUUAUUGUUUUAAUAUUUAAAAUACUUAACACCCGAAUGAACGAAUUUAAUUAUAUUUUGUUAUUGGAGGAGAGAUGAGUGAAGAUAUGAAGAAAGUCGAUUUAUUUAUUUCGAGUCACUCUCAUCAAAGUCUUCGGGAAGGAGCGCUCGAUUUAUUGAAACACGUACGGGAAGAAUGGAAAAAAGAUGAUGUUAAAUUUAAGAUUUUUACAGAUGGAAUUACAAAUCAUCUAUUGGGCUGUUAUUUAGAAGAUCAACCAGAUGACAUUGUUUUGGUUCGUGUUUAUGGCCAGAAAACAGAAUUAUUUAUUGAUCGUGGUGCUGAAGUAAAAAAUAUGCAUCUUGUUUAUAAAGCUGGAUUUGGAUCACCACUUUAUUGUGCCUUUACCAAUGGGUUAUGUUAUGGGUAUCAGCCUGGUGUCACAUUAGAUGCAAAAUUGGUAAAAGAUCCUUUUGUAUCAAGAUUAAAAGUUUAUCUACCAAGCAAAGAGGUUCUUAAAACAGAAAUAAACAAACUUGAAAUUCAUUUAAGUCAGUUAGGAUCUCCUGUUGUUUUCUGUCAUAAUGACUUAUUAUUAAAAAAUAUAAUUUUUAAUAAGGAAAAAGGAACAGUGGCAUUUGUGGACUAUGAAUAUGCUGACUAUAACUACCAAGCAUUUGAUAUAGGAAAUCAUUUUUGUGAAUUUGCUGGAGUAGAUACUUUUGUGCCUGAAAACUAUCCAGAUCGUAGCUUUCAAAUUCAGUGGUUACAAAAAUAUUUAGAAGCAUCAUAUGCACUAAAAUACAAAGACAGAAGAGAAAUAACCAAUGAUGAAGUUGAGGUGCUUUAUAUUCAAGUCAAUAAAUUUGCAUUGGCUUCUCAUUUAAUGUGGGGUAUAUGGUCUCUUGUUCAGUCUGCUCAUUCCUGUUUAGAUUUUGAUUUUUUAGGGUAAAUAUUAAUUAUUUUACUAAUUGCUUAA